CUUUUCCUCGCUUACCUCCUCCCACCCACCUUGCGAGCCUCAAAUCUGAUCCCGGAUUUCGUCAAGCUUUCCCAUUCUCGCAAGAAACCGACAAGACUUUUUCGAGAAAAUCAGACAAGAUGGUUCUCGCCGUUGAUCUUCUGAACCCUUCCCCGGCCGCCGAGGCCAAGAAGCACAAGCUCAAGACCCUCGUGCCCGCCCCUCGAUCCUUCUUCAUGGACGUCAAGUGCCCCGGAUGCUUCACCAUCACCACCGUCUUCUCUCACGCCCAGACCGUCGUCAUCUGCCAGGGAUGCACUACUGUCCUCUGCCAGCCUACCGGUGGUAAGGCUCGAUUGACUGAGGGCUGCUCUUUCCGACGGAAGUAAACUGCUUCGCGGCGGUUUUAUCUCCUUGGGUACUCAUGACUCUUACGGUUCAACUCAUGGUGGUCAUCUCGGAUCUGCAAAAACACAACCUCGACAUGGACG